UAAAUGAGCCCAUCUUUCAGUGUUUCAGUGCAGUCUUUCUUGUCCUGCUCUUGGUCCAGUUCUUCUAGAGAAAAGAUGAUGUCCUGUUGGGUCCUGGUGGUGUUUCUGGCCUGUGGUCUGGUCCAGGCUCAGGUACAACCAGACAACCUCCUGCAACAGCUGAUAGACAGAGUGGAGAAACUGGAGAAGGAGAGUGAAGACAGAGUUAGAUCUCAGGUGGCCUUCUCGGCUGCACUCCUGGAUACUCAGACCUGGACCAUUGUGGGUCCUUUCCAGCAGGAUAAAACUCUGGACUUCAAAACAGUGAAGACAAACGUCGGCAACGCAUACAACCCUGAGACAGGCAUCUUCACAGCUCCUGUGAAAGGACUGUAUUACUUUCACAUCACCGGAGUCGUUGGGAGUUCAGGCGAGAUGAAUGCAGGACUGAAGAAGAACGGCGAGAAUUUGGUUGCAGUCUACCACAAAGCAGGAACACAGGCCAGCGCCUCCAACAGCAUCGCCCUGGAACUGGUCGCAGGUGACCGGGUCUAUGUCCAGCUCUGGGCAGGCCAGACCAUGGCAGAUCAGAGCCGUCUCACCACCUUCACCGGCUUCCUCGUCUUCCCCAUGUAGGCGUUGGAGGAGGGCGUCAAGAUCCAGGAACAGACCUGGAUCAACAAUUCAAAAUAAAACUCUUCAGUCGACACAAACUCACCGAACAGCCCCAGAUGUAAAAACCACGUCAAAACCUUCAGGUUUUGUGUUGAGUCAUUUUCCUGCUUGACUGUAACAUGAAGAGUUUUAAAUAAAGAUACAUUCAAAGUC